UUCGUGUUGUAGCAAAAACAAUGAGGUAUUAAUGGUCAGCGGGAAAAAUAAAGACGAGUGUCAGGCGGUAAUAGUCGUAUGAGUGUGCGUGUGCUGGCCGACCUAGCCUGUUAGUGUAGGUGUCGGCAAUGACCGAGUUGUUGGGGUGAUGUCCUUGGGUGUAGAUAGAUGGGUAGGGAGAGAAGAACCAAGAAAUCGGAAGAAAUAACGAAAUCUGCAGGCAGGUUUGGUUUAAGAGAGAGAGAGAGAGUGCGGACGAAGCGGAAGUGUCGUAUUACUUGGUUUGGGCAGAGAGGCAGUCUUUUUUUUUUUGGUCUUUUCCCCUCCCCUCGCGGGUCGGUUCCCAACCUCCCCUCUUCGUCCGAGUCCAACCUCUUAAUUUUGCUGCCGCUGUCACUACACAGCUUCACUUGGAAGCCUGCUAGCUGGCCAAUCUUUGACAAGGGGACUCUGAAGAUACGUCUCGAUUGCGCGAUUCCAUCACUGUUGCUACGGUUUUCUGCUCUGGUUCCUGAAGAUCGGGCGCCGAGAGGUGGUUCCCUGUACCGGGAGACCAAGACACCCGGAAGACAAAGCGUUGUGACUGGCCCGGUGCGGGGGGAUGCCUGUGUGAGUUGGCAGACGGGUCACUUUCGCUUUUGUGACUGGCCCGGCCCAGAGCGCCUCGUUUCCACAUGUUUACCUGCAGGGGUCGGUCUGUCCACUGGACGACAAUCGAUAGGCAGAGAAAGCCUGUUUAGGCUACUCGACCUAGCUAGUGUAUCCGUAUGAAGUAAAGAGAGAGAGAGAGAGAGAGAGAGGAAAGGGGAGAGAGCGUGUGUAUGUAGGUAUGCUUGUUUGCCUUGUCUCCGUGUACUUUCUUUACGCUUUCGGAUCUCUUGCAUAGUCAUUGGUCACCUACGCUUGGCCAUCCCAUCAUGAAGCUUCUUCAAUGAGAUCGUGCUCAUUUGCAUCCUGGCAAUGAGACUAGUCUUGAACUCUGGACGCGAUGACAGCUGUCGCGCUUCGACUGUCUU